GGCCGGGCAGUGCCGGGCCGGGAUGGCGCGGACCAAGGCGGAUCAGCGUGGUCGUGCCUUCCGCAAGGUGUUGGUCGCCCGCGCUCCCCGCAAGGCGCUGGGCUCCGGCAGCGGCAGCAGCAGCAGCGUCAGCGCGGGGCCGGCGCUGCCCGGCCGGAGAGGUGUCCGGCGCCCCGUGGGGCUGAACCGGGUGUGUGUGAGGCCGGUGCCCGCCUGGCAAAGGGGCAUCAGCGACUUCCUGCAGCUCCCAUCCAAGGAGAGCCGGGCCUCCGAUGGAGACACGCCCGGGACCAGCGGCCUGGAAGCUCGGCCCCUGCCACUGGAUCCUGCCGAAGAGGGAGAGUGCUUGGAGGAAGAGUAGAUGUGAUCUGACCUCGACUUUCAUGUUAAAAUGCUCCUCCUGCUCGAGCUGGGUUUUGUACAUUUGCAUAGCUCUUUGCUUUUUUUUUAUGGCUUCCUUUCAGCUUUUGUACAAGACUAAAAGUCUGAGAGAUGGCACAAACACUGGAGAAAUUAAUUAAUUUUUACUGUUUGGCACUUAAUGUUGAUUGUAAACCACUGGUUAAAUUUUUAUCUUGGUUUGCUUGAGUUCCUCCUGCUUUUGUCUUUCAUCUUCUGCCUACCUUGUGUUUGUGCAAGACUUGCAUGGUCAUGGUUGUUCCGUUACUGCAAAGCAGAUCCUCGUUUUUAAUAAACUGAAACCAUCUGAGCACACA